AAUACAUACAUCGAAAGUAUUUUAACAAUUUCUUUUAAAUAUUACAAUAAUUUAAAAUAUCAGAGCUAAAUGGAUGAAUAUUGCAGAUUGUGUGCAACGAAAAAUAAUAAUUUAACUAUACUAUUAGAAAUAGCAAAUAUAACUAGAAUUAGAACUUUACUAAAAAUUGAAGAAGAUGGCUUUCCUCAGAAAAUUUGUGAUUCUUGUAUAUUCAAAAUUAAUGACAUAAAUACAUUUAUUUCAAAAUGCGAAGAGUCUUAUGAAUAUUUUAAAAAUAAUUUCCUCAAAUAUGUUGAAGGGGAAUACAAAAAUAACGAGGAUAUUGAUAUAUUUAAGUCUAAUGCGCAAGAGUCCAGUGAAAAUGAAGAAACUGUAAAAGAAUCACCUAAGGUUAAAAUUGAAAUAAAAACAGAAAAUGAAGAAAUUCAUCAUGAUUAUAUAAGACGAAGUGAAUGUUUAGUUGAGAGUGAAAGUUCAAUCUAUAAUUCGUCCAUUAGUAAAAAUAAACAAGAAAUUGAACUACCAAUGCAACAAAAACCCGAAAAAAAUGAUUUAUUAAAUUUAUUAGAAAAUGAUAACUCCCACAUCAAUACUUCUAGUAAUCCGAAACUGGUAAAAAGAAACAAUAGUAAAAAAUAUGAAAGAAGGCGUAAAACACGGAACUGUAAUGCGGAAAUAAGUGAUGGUACUAGUACAUGGAAAUGUCAAUUUUGUCCUCGAAUAUUUACGACUGAUAAGAUCUUGCGGAGACAUAUGCAAAAUAUUCACACAAAUCCCAACUUCAAAUGCAUUAAAUGCGGAUUUGAGUGUACAAAUAAAUCAAACUGUGCAGGUCACGUUAAACGGAAACAUUUUAAAGAAUUAAAAAUGGAAUUUGAAGAGCUUUUGCAGUUUGUAUUAGAAAAAGAUUCUAAUACAAAUGAUGCACACUUUUUUGAUUUACCAUUCCCUUGUGAUUGCUGCACAAGAUCUUUUGCUAAAGAAACAGAUUUACAAAAACAUAAAAAUCGCGUUCAUAUCAGCGAUCCAGAGGCAAGUAAAUUAUUUGGAUGUAAAAAAUGCGGAUCAAAGUACACUUACAGAAAAACCGCAGUUAAGCACAUACGUAACGUACAUUAUGAAAGCCGAACUGAAUUGGUUAAAGCUGAAAUUGAUGAAUAUUUAAUUCAAUAUGGUCAGCCCAGGAUUGAACCAGAUAUUACAAAAACUGCGAAAAAAGAGAAUAUUGAUGAAGGAACUGUGCAUGAAUGUCCAGUUUGUCAUUUGAAGUAUUCUAGGGCUAUAAUAUUGAAGAGUCAUUUCGCUAGAUUUCACUUAAGUGAAGAUGAAAAAAAAAAACGAAAAAAAAAAGUUUAUUUGUGUCAACAAUGCGGAAAGAAAUUUUCUGCUCGAUCUGCCUUUCAAUAUCACGUCCAAACUCAUUUUGGGGAGAAGAAAUUCAAAUGUAACGAAUGUUCUAAAGCCUAUUACACAAAGCACUUACUUCUUUCUCAUAUGAGGAAGCACACUGGUGAUAUGAGCAAUAGACAACUGGAAUGUGAAAUUUGUCAUAAAAAGUGGCCUAGUAAAACUGCUUUAGAGCGACACAUGAACGUGCAUGGUCAAAAGCAGCCUAGAAAUUUUAUGUGUUCCAUUUGUGGUAAUGCUUUUUAUUCAAAUUAUCAUCUUAAAAGUCAUAUGUUGCGACACACAAAAGAGAACAACUUUAAAUGCACUGAACCUGGUUGCAACGCAUCUUUUCGUGCUGAUGGUAGUCGGAAAAAACAUUUUCAUAAUUUCCAUCUUCCUGACGAUCAAAAACCAUUUUCUUGUGAUAUAUGUCAAAAGAAAUUUUUUAGAAAAUCUUAUUUAUCAGAUCAUUUAAGAAAACAUGGUAAAGCUGGCGAAAAUAUUUUAAAUUUAUAUAGGCAAAAAAUACAUCAAGAUUAGAUAAAUAAUUAUUUUGUUAUAAAAAGUUAUAAUUCAGUUAUAAGAA